AUGCAUCUUUCCAACCAUGCACUUUUUCAAGCAUGCACCUUUCCAGGCAUGCACUUUUUCAAGCAUGCACCUUUCCAACCAUGCACUUUUUCAAGCAUGCAUCUUUCCAACCAUGCACUUUUUCAAGCAUGCACCUUUCCAGGCAUGCACUUUUUCAAGCAUGCACCUUUCCAGGCAUGCACUUUUUCAAGCAUGCAUCUUUUCAAUCAAUUAUUUCAAAUAACUUUUAUUCAGUGA